AUGAACCCCUCCUACAGCCCUAUCUCUAACGAUGAGGCAUCUUCAAACUCUCUGGGUGUUCCUCCCUCCUCACCCCCUCGAUUGGCCAGGCUCCGCAUCUACUGGUUGACAGCUGUUGUUUGCUGCGGUGGCAUUCUUUUCGGAUAUGACUCCGGUGUUAUUGGAGGCGUUCUCAUCUUCAACUCCUUUCUUCGCGACUUCCGAUAUACCGUCGACCAGCAGACCAGUGUCAGUUCCAUCGCCGUCGGGAUUCAACAGGCCGGGGCUCUGGUGGGAUGCUUGGCGAUAUGGCCCCUUACCAACCGUCUCGGACGUCGUUGCGCCAUGAUGAUCUGCUCUGCGAUCUUUUGUGUCGGAGUCAUCUUUGAAGUGCUCAACUCUCACGCGCUUUCGGUCUUCUACCUGGGCCGCGUCGUCUGCGGCCUGGGCAUCGGUGGAUCGGCCACCGUGAUCCCCAUUUACCUGUCGGAGAUGAGCCCCAAGGACAUGCGCGCGCGUCUGGGCAGCUGCUACCAGUUCACCUUCACCGUGGGCAUCUUAAUCUCCUAUUGGAUCGACUACGGCAUCCAAUUCAGCGACCCGACGCCGUCCCAGUGGCAGGUCCCGCUGGCGCUGCAACUGGUGCCCGGAGCACUGAUGGGGCUCGGCAUGCUGACGCUGGAAGAGAGCGUGCGCUGGCUACUUGUGCAUGGUGACUCGCACCGUGCCUGGAGCAGUCUCGUUUGGAUCCGAGCCUCGAACGGAACCGACGUUGUCGCCGAAUUUGCCGAGAUGAAACAAGGCGUCGAAGCAGACCGCCACGCCAUGGAUGGCUUUCACCCCCGCGAACUUCUCCAAUGGCGCAACGCACGCCGUCUCGCCUUGGGAACCAGUCUCUUCAUCGCGCAGCAGUCUACAGGCGCCACCGCCAUGGCCUACUUCGGGCCACAGUUCUUCGCCCUCCUUGUCGGCCAGAACAACGCCUCCCUCACCCUCCUCCUCACCGGCGUCUUCGGCGCCCUCAAAGUCCUCAGCUGCUUGAUCUUCAUCAUCUGCAUCGCCGAACGCUUCGGCCGUCGUCCCCUCCUCAUCCUCGGCGCCCUCGGAAUGUCCCUCUGCAUGCUCGCCACCGCUACGGUCGUCAAAAACGACCAUACCCAACCCAUCCCUUCUUCUACCUCCUCAUCCUCAAUCAAACCCACCGCCAUCACCACUAUCGCCCUUAUAUACCUCGACAUCAUCAUCUACAAUUUCUCCUGGGGUCCCCUCAUCUGGCCCUGCACGUCGGAACUCUUCAGCUCGCGCAUCCGCGAACCUGGCGUCGCCAUCGCUGUCGCCGCCCAGUGGCUCUCGAACUUUGCCUGGUCCUUCUCCACCCCGUAUCUCCUUGCCGGGCUGGGGUGGGCUACCUUUCUGCUUUUUGGGCUGCUUGACCUGCUGUUUUCGGGCUUCGUGGGUGUCUUUUUGCCGGAGACGGGGGGGAAGAGUCUUGAGGAGAUUGAGGCGAUGUUGGAUUCUGGGAGAUCAAUCCGUACUGGUGGUAUGGGUCAUCGAGCGUUGAUAGAGGAUGGAGAAGACAGAGGGGAAAUAGAAGAGGAGGAAGAGGGGGAAUCUGCGCCAUUGAACGGGAAAGGGUCAAGAGAAAGGGAGAGGGGUUAA